AGCGGAAAUUUAAUUAAUGAAUAUAAUUGAAUCUUAGAUCAUAAUUAGUUAAUGAAUAUUAAAAUAGAAAUAGUUGCCGAAGACCAUGGAAUACAGUGACGUCAUAAUGAAGGCGUAAUUGUUUCCGUCAUAAUCAAGUAUCAUAAAGUAUUUGAACUCUCAAAAAGAACAGAGUUAGACAGCUUUCAACGUGUUAGGAAGUCUUAAUUACGUAACAACAUAAGUUUGAGUCUCCUGGACUGACAACAAAACCAGUUUCAAAAUGAUGAAAGUGUGUAUACUUGUAGUGUGCUGUGUUGUAGCUUUGACAUCCGCUGCCCCAUAUAACUCAUACUAUCGCGAAAGCAGCUCAGUUUCACUGUAUGACUACCUCUACCAUCUUAACUGGAGAAACAUCAAUUUGAAUGAAGAAGCUAACAACGGUUUCCAAAAUAAUAAAGCAUAUAAUCAAAAUAAACAAGGAAACUCAGAAGAAAAUAGCUCAGAAGAAAAUAGCUCUGAAGAUUAUGAAAGUUCACCGAGCGAUAGCACUUCUUUGAGAGGGGGUAGUCUCGCCAGCAGUGACAUACAACCUUCGAUAACAGAUCCACCUAUCCAAAUUACUAAUGCUGCAUUUGAUACCACUGAUGCCCCUGCUUCUAUGAGACCGCAAAUCAUCACCACUGAACCGGUACAGGGGCUUCCUGGAGAUAUGGAUAACGCAACAGUGGUUGUUGGAGGAGACGCGGGAAAUGCUCAAGAACCCGGUGUAAAUUCACCUCAGGUCAAUGUUGUCACCACUAAGUCACCAGCAACCCCUAGCAGGAAAGCGUCAACAGAAGAACCUCAGCCAACACCUAAGCCUACUUGUAAGGCAUCGUGUCCCCUGGUUCCUCUGAGUGAAAUCGUGUGUGGCAGCGAUGGAGUGACUUACGUUUCUAGGUGUGUUUUUGAAGCUGUCAUGUGCAGAGAAAAUACGCCAGAGAUAGUGAUAGCACAUGAAGGCGAAUGCGAACAGAAACAAAUCGAACCAGAAACGUCAGACUUAAAACCAGGUUCUCCAGGCGGAUUCAUGCCCUAGACAGUGAAUGAGUUGGCCGAUGGUAGUCGUUCCUCGAUUCCAAUACAAGUCAUUGAUAUUUAAAUAAAUGUUCGUCCAUUAUUCGUUUUACAUUUUCUUCAAGUGGUACUUUGCAUUUGAUUAGAGCCCUAUUUUAUAUACAAGUUGCAUUUUCUCUACGACAAUGGACAAACUCUGUAUUAGAUUGCUUUAUUUUGUAACUUUUAACACCGAGUGUAACUAUAUCUGUUAACUGAAUUUGUAAGUAAAUUUUAAAUUGAGAACUAAUGUACUUCUUUAAUUAACGAUAAGGUAUAAAAUAUUCUUAUUUGUUAAGUCAUAAUCACAAUGUGUAAUACAAUUAUUAUGAUUUGUUUAUAGCUAUUAGUAUUUAUAUAAUUUCAUUUAGAAUAAUCUCACUGGGCACACAUUGCGUCGUUUGACGGUCGUACGACCGCCAGCCGAAGAGAUCUCCGAUCUCUGUGAGCAACUCACAACGCGACGCCGUCUGCUAAUUUUGCCAGCAGAUUAUCCGACAGCGGAUUGUAGUUGAAAUGACAUUUCUAUAAAAGGGGAGUAGAUAGUUUAGUUGUCUAAUCUCAGAGUCAUGGGUUCAAUUCCUGUGAUAGCAGGCAUCAAAUCUAAACUAAUGCCAUUCUCUAAGCCUUUAUCAGACUUAGUUUGUAAAGCAUAUGGUAACCAGGCCUUUUGGGAGAAAAGUAGAAUUUUAGUGAACAUGUUACCCAGUAUAAAUAAGUUCAUUUAAGACUAUCCGUUGCUCGCGCAUUAUCCAUGGAAAUCGCGUCGCCCGAUGACUGUCGGCGCAAUGUGUGCUCGACUUUACUGGUCCAUUUACAAUUUUACAAUCACCAUUAACAUAAAGGUUUCUAUUGAGAUUUAAGUUUGGUUUUGAUACCCUUAUUGCUAAUUCAAGCUGAUAUGAAUCUCCAUUGGCAAAUGUAAUAUAAAACAUUGUAUAUUAAAUUUGGGAAUUGGGUUUUUUUUUUUUUCUUUUUCUUUUUGGAUUUAAAUUUUGGAGUAUGUUCAUUUACGCCCAGCAACAAAUCACAUUGGGCACGAUUGUAAUUAACACAAACUACAUGGUUAGUAUUUAAUAGCUGAUUCAAUUUAGAUUAGCUUGAUACACUUGGUGCUUAUUGUCGCAAAUGGUUUUGUAUCUUAUUUUCAUAAAAGUAUAUAUAUUUUUAUUUAUUUAUUUAUAUGGAAUCAUGCAACAAUGUCACAUAACUACAUAUCAUUGUAAAAAUGCUGUGUAUUGUUAUAAUAAUCAUUGUUAUUGUUAUUAUUAUUAUUAUUAUUAUUAUCAUUAUCAUUAUUAAUAUAUUUAAU